AUGGAUCGCGCCUUACAGGAGGAGAACAAAAAAUGGCUCCGGGACAACAAUGUCCCGGAUGACAACUAUUGGAAGUACACUCCGCAGAAAACGGACCCACGAUUCGACAAUCCUAAGGUUCGCGACUCCUACCUGCGACGACGUGCCCAAGAAAUCAAAGACUCUAGGCGGGAGAACAGACCCUACAAGAACCCACCAAUCCUACUCGACCCUCCCACUGAUGACAAAGCCGAUGUAAACCACCUUCAAAAGGUGACGGAAAAUUGGGAUUUUGAUAGCGAAGAUGAUGACAACGAUGAUGAUAGCAUCAUGUCCUUUGACAGUCAAUCGCGGCAAAGCGGAGAGGAGUCUGAGGACUCAUUUGGGACGAACGAGUCUUAA